GUUUGUCAGCUGUCAUUAGACACACACACACACACACGCACACACACAGGCUGAGUGAUCUCACACAGUGAAGACAGGAAAUACAAAACAAGUGUGUGACUCAGUCACUGUGUGUGUGUGUGUGUGUGUGUGUGUGUGUUGUUGACCAGUGAUAAUGGGAUGUCUGCUCAGCUCUGGACUUGUUAUGGACCUGGUCUGGUUGAACCACAGCAGAGGGAGGUGCUGAUAUUUGGUGAAGAUGAGCAGUAAGGGGGGGGACACCCCGGAGCCCACCCGAGGCAGGGAGUCCCUGAAGAGGAAGGACUGUCAGUCAGAGCUGCCGGGACCCAGUCCUAAGAGGUGCAGCGAGAGGAGGAACCGUGAGCAGGAGAACAAAUACAUCGAGGAGUUGGCCGAGCUCAUCUUUGCCAACAUCAAUGACAUGAACAUGAAUGUCCUCGACGUCAAACCAGACAAAUGUGUCAUUCUCAAAGAGACGGUUAAGCAGAUCAGACAGAUCAAAGAGCAGGACAAAGCUGCGGUGGAGGACGCUGAGGAGGUGCAGAAGGCCGACGUGUCGUCCACAGGACAGGGCGUCAUAGAUAAGGACGCUCUCGGGCCGAUGAUGCUGGAGGCUCUGGACGGCUUCUUCUUCGUGGUCAACGUGGACGGUGUCAUCGUAUUUGUCUCAGAGAAUGUCAGCCAGUACCUGCACUACCAGCAGGAGGAGCUCAUGAACACCAGCGUCUACAGUGUGCUGCACGCCGGGGAUCGCGCCGAGUUUACGGAGAACCUCCUGCCCAAGAGUCUGGCCAGUCACCGCAGCGCAGAUACGUCCAGCAGGAACAGCCACACCUUCACGUGCCGCAUGUUGGUCAAGCCUCGCACCGACAGUGAAGCACGGCCGGUGUCUGACCUGCAGGAGGCGCCGCCACCACUGCAGCAGCAGAAGUACGAGACCAUGCAGUGUUUUGCCGUGUCCGAACCCAAGUCUAUCAAAGAAGAAGGGGAAGAUUUGCAUUCCUGUCUGAUAUGCGUGGCCAGAAGAGUCCCCGUCAAAGAAAGACCUGCGAUGUCCUCGUACGAGAGCUUCACCACAAGGCAGGACCUUCAAGGUAAGAUCACGUCGCUGGACACGAGUCUCCUGCGAGCGUCCAUGAAGCCGGGAUGGGAGGACCUGGUCCGGCGCUGCAUUCAGAGGUUCCACCUGCAGAACGACGGAGACAUGUCCUUUGCUAAAAAGCACCAUCAAGACGUGAUGAGGAACGGUCACGCUCUCAGUCCCAUGUACGCGUUCUCUCUGGCAGAUGGAAAACUGGUCUCCGCUCACACCAAGAGCAAACUGGUUCGCUCUGCUGUUACCAAUGAACCACAGCUCUACAUGUCCCGGCACGUCCUCAAGAGAGAAAACGUGUCCGGCUUGACAGCACACACACCCGCUGGCCAGGGUGUGGUCAUGCCCAUGACCCCGACAAGUGUCAGUGGCCCCUCCCCUUCCCCUGACGCCAGUGUCAGCAGCAACACCCACCACCCCACAUCGGCUUUUGGCAACCUCGGACGUGGUUUUGGGUCGGCGUCAGGUCGGGCGCCCACACCUCAGGGGAACCACCAUGCCCUGAGGCCCGGCAGCCCGUCGGUACAGGGAAACCCCAGCAUCAGUUCGGGGGCUCAGGGCGCUGUGUUGUCGCCGUGUCAUCCCCACAGCCCGGCUCGGCUGGCGAGCCGCGGCAGCUGCAGUAGCCCUCACCUCCCACAACACCCACCAGGUUCUUUCUCUCCUGGACCCAGCCUCGACUCCCCGACCUCUGUGUGCAGCAGCAGCACCGGGAAUGGACAAGCAUUCAACUCCCUCAGUGCGCUGCAGGCUCUCAGCCAGAGCCACAGGGUUUCCCAGGGUCUCAACGAGGGGCAACAUCCAAACUCGCCUGACAGGAAGCUGUCCGGCCUCCAUAGCCCCCUCGCAAGAAGCCAUUCCAGCUUAGAGCCCGACUUGUUCGGGACCUUUGCGGAGCAGCAGGACUUGUUGUUGUCCCAGAACCAGGAGGGUGAGCAGGGAGGCGGCAAAGACGGCGACGGCUUUGGCGAUGCCCAGAACUGCCUCCUGAGUGCCAAAGGCCACACGAAGCUGCUGCAGCUCCUCACCAAUAAGUUAGAACCCUCCGAUCCUGGCUCACCAACCGGGUCCUUCCGGGACGAGCAGAAUUGCAAGGACCACCUGGGCCGGGCCAGCGGCUGCACCUCGUUAAAGGAGAAACACAAGAUCCUCCACAGGCUGCUGCAGAACAGCACGUCGCCCGUGGAACUGGCCAAGCUCACGGCUGAAGCCACGGGGAAAGAAGGUCCAGAGUCGUCCACUGGGGACAACAUGGCCGCCACACUGAUCGAACUCUGCGUGAAGCAGGAGCCGGGCAGUCCCAGGAAGAAGGACAACGCGCUUCUGCGCUACCUGCUGGACAGGGACGAUAACGGCAUCCCGGACAAAGUCGCCAAGACGGAACCCUGCGAGGGACCGAUGCUGUCCUGCGUGAAGACGGAGACACAGGAGGUGGACCAGACCAGUGAGCUGGAGGACCUGCUAGAAGACCUGCAGAGUAGCAGUCAGCAGCAGCAACAGCAGCAGCUGUUUGGUGCCCAAGGAACAUCCACCUCCUCCUCUGCACCACCUGGUUCCUCUGUGGACAAACAGGCCAUCAUCAGUGACAUCCUGCAGAUGACCAGCAGCAGCAGAACCUUCAGCCCCAUCAGUGCACCCGCUACAAAAAGCUUUAAUGGAGCCAGAUUGGGUCAACAGAGUCGAGCUCCUCCUCCUCUUGCAAGGAUUGUGUCUUCUCUGGACCCCGGGAGCAUCAGGCCGUUCCCUCCUCAACACAGGAGCAAUGGCCACUACGCCCUACUGCAGCAGCAGCAGCAGCAGCAGCAGCAGCAAGGCAUGGUGGGAAGUCACGCAGGCAUGGCCAACGCAGGCCCGAUGCCUCACGGUUUAAUGCGGGGCUCCAUGCAGCAGGGCUGGGAUCCUCAGGGGCCUGUUGUGGGACAGAUGAUGGGCCAGGCGAUGGGACCUGGUCGCAUGGUCCCCGUCCUGCCCUCCAGAGGUCCACCAGGAUCCAGAACCAUGAUUGUGGGCAACGAGAUGCAGAUCGCAAACCCCGCCUACACGCCGCAACAGGCCCUGCCCAAUCAGACGGCACCGUGGCCCGACGGGAUGAUGAUGGAUCACUAUGGAAACCAGAGCAGGUUGCAGUACGGCGCUGCCCCAGAGGACAGGAUGGGCUGCUGCGGCUCAGGGCCCGAGGGCCAGCCGGACGAAGGGGCCUUACUGAGCCAGCUGUGCUCGGUGCUGAAGGACUUUGACGGUCUGGAGGAGAUUGAUAAGAUGCUGGGGAUUCCCACGCUGGCUGGACAGGGUCCACUGUCAGACCAGGACCAGUACCUCGGCUCCUCAGAUCCGACACUGGCUCUGAAGCCUCCUCAGUACAGUCAGCACUACAGUGGACCGCCGGGUUACGGUGGCCCCCCGGGUUACGGUGGCGGCGUUCUCCCCGACUUCCACGGCAGUGGCCACAUGGUGCCACAGAGGACGCCCCCUGCUGGUUACCCUCCCAUGAUCCGGAUGCCUGGCGGUGUGGGGCCCAGGUCGCUUGGGAUGAGGCCCGGGGCCCCGAGUCCUGUGGCACCGCCUCAGCCCAACAACCUGAGACUCCAGCUGCAGCACAGACUCCAGGCUCAGCUGAACCGUCAGCCAGUGCUGAACCAGAUGAGUGGAGUGUCCCACAUGAAUCUACCUCUAAGGUCUAAUGCACCAAACCAGGGAACCCUCAAUGCUCAGAUGUUGGCCCAGCACCAGCGCGAGUACCUCAGCAACCACCUACGCCAGCGCCAGCAGCAGCAGCAGCAGCAGCAGCAUGCUAUGAUGAUGCGGCCGCAGGGCGUCAACAUGCCACCUCACAGAAUGCCCAGUGGCGGUGCUGCCCCCACACUGAUGCCCGUCGGCGGCACCAACCCACGCCUCCCUCAGGGUAACCUGCAGCAGUCCUACUCCUACGUGACGUCCGGCUACGGCAGCGGCCUGCCCUCCUCACCCCCGCUCCCCAGCUCCUCCUCCCCUCUCUCCCCCGGCCGUCUGAGUGGCCAGAUGAUGGGAAAUGUAGGCAGGCAGUACGGCGGCGGGGUCAUGAGCUCGCCGGCACACACCAGUGGCUUCCAGUUCAGCGGUUCAGUGUCCAGAAAACGUCUCACCUUCAUUCACCGGCUCCUCUCACCAGGAAUGAGCCAACAGCAGCAACACCACCAGGAUCCCCUGCUGUCCCCUAGGAUGGGCCAGGGUCCGAACCCCAUGCUGCUGCAGAGUCAGGGCCAAACACAACCGCAAUCCCAGGGCCCCAACCAGGGGGCGCCGCCUAUCUACCAGGCCAGCACUGACCUCAACGGCUGGCCCCAAACUGCCAACAGCAGUGUGUAUCCUCAACAUCCCAGCGGAGGAAUGUACAACAACGUGAACCUGGGAGUCAUGUCCAGCAACAUGUCCGGACAGAUGACCUCUAUGACCUCCAUGAACACAGAGCAGGUGACAGACAACAGCCUGAUGUUGGAGCAGCUGACGGGGCUCGACAUGCUAACGCACGAUGACGAUGAUGCUGCGUCUAAUUUUUGCUGACCCCUGCUGAUCUGACGAGGAAGCAUCGAGGAGUCAAGGACUCUGUGAGACUUUGUUGGACAGCAGACACAUAUACAUAUAUAUAUAUAUAUAUAUAUAUAUAUAUAUAU